UGCAAAAGCAAAGUGCGUUAAAGAUUAAAGUUCUAUUGCUAAGGCCACGCCGUUGGUAAUUUUAUUUGACAAAAUCGGUAAUUUUCUCAUUUAAAUUGUUUUUAACGCACAUAUAUGUUAAAUUUAAUUUCACACAUAAUAAUUGAUAUAGAAGUGCAUUUAAAUCCAAGCAAACGAUCAGAAAAUAUAAAUCGAAAUGCCAGCAGCGUUUGAAGUUAAAUCCAGUUGGGCUGAUGAGGUUGAAGAAGAAGGAGGAACUUUACCUCCUCCAACUGAAGUUCACGAAAAUGGAUUUAAAAUCCUCACAGAAUAUAAAUUUAAUGACGAUAACAAAAAAGUUAAAGUUGUUAGAACUUACAAAAUAGAGAAACGUAUAGUUUCGAAAACCAUAGCCGUUCGUAAAAAUUGGAGUAAAUUUGGAGAUUCAGAGGACGAUAGGCCAGGACCUAACCCAGCAACCACUGUUAUUGCUGAAGAUGUUUUUAUUCAAUUUAUUUCCAACAAGGAAGAAGAAAAUAAAGUUGAGGAAGAUUCGCUCGACAAAUUGAAGAAUAUGGGUGAUAAGGGAGUGGUAAAGUGUCGUAAUUGUAAUGGCGACCAUUGGACAUCAAAGUGCCCCUACAAGGAUACUGUUCUUGGCAGUGAUGACAAGAAGCCGUUAAUGAAUCCUGCGGCUGCUACUGCCACCACUGCCUCCGCCCUGGCUGACAUCGGCAAACCUCAAGGCAGUAAAUACGUUCCGCCAAGUAUGCGCGACGGAGGAAACAAACGUGGAGACUCGAUGCAAAUGCAACGUCGGGACGACACGACUGCCAUUAGAAUUUCCAAUCUGUCUGAAAGCACAACCGACGCCGAUUUGGAGGAACUUGUCAAACCUUUCGGGGCUAUUCAAAAGCUUUAUCUCGCUAAGGAAAAACCAAGUAAUGUCUGCAAAGGAUUCGCGUAUGUUCACUUUAAAUAUAGAGCCGAAGCAGCUAAAGCAAUUUCCAUGUUGAACGGUUAUGGAUACGAUCAUCUUAUUUUGAAUGUAGAUUGGUCUAAGCCUCCAGCUCAAAAUAAUUGAACUUCGAUUUGAAAAAAAUUAAAAAAUAUUUGACAAGAAACCUUUUUUUAAACUAAAUAAUUAAUUUCUUUUUGAAUCAUUUUCAUUGAUCAUUCUCAUUGUUUUUAAUACGAGUUUUCUUCAAAAACAAUAUUUUAAUAUUUCUUAUUGUAUCCAACUGAUUCAUAUACAUUAUACAGAGAUAAAACUCAAAACAAUAAUAUCAGAAGCUUAGUGUUGAAAUGUAUUUCUAAAGCGUAAUUUCAAGACAAAGAAAUAAACGGAAAAGUAAAAUGUUAAUUUUAUUCUAUGUACAAAAUCAUGUGAAUGAAAAUUUGGUUAAUAUUUUUCAACUCAGUAUUUUAGAAAAAAUUUAUUACAAUAAAAAUUAUUAAAUACAGCAA